AUGACUAUCACACGUUCCCAAACAGGGAGAACCCCUAAGAAGGUGGAGCGCCCCGGCUUCGUUGAGACUCCUGGCCGUCGCUCCAAUCGUCACAGCUCUGCUUUCGACGGGAGUGAGAACGAUACCUCCGACACAGUUGCCAGCGAUUCCAAAUCAGCCACUCGUCGUCGCGCUUCCGCCAAGGUCAAAAUUGAGGAGGACACACCAGCGAAGUCAGAGACCAAUGGGAAGGUCGCCGCCCCUAACCCUGAGUCUCGCAUUGUGGAUGGUUGGAGCCCGGGACUCGAUCCCAAGAUCGACUACAGCGGUCACUAUGAGUUCGGUGGUUCUCUCGGCGUUUCCGCCAUGAUGAUUGGCUUUCCCAUGCUCAUGUACUACAUGUGGAUUGGGGCGACCUACUAUAAUGGCAAAUUCCCUACCCGUGAGGAGGGGCAAAGCUUCUCUGACUUCUUCAGCCACAUGGCGCAUCUGGUCUACACUGGUGCUUUCCCCUCGCUCAAGGCAUGGGCUAUCUACUGGAUUUUCUUCAUCUUUGAGGGUGCUUGUUAUGUGCUGCUUCCUGGUAUCUCUGUCACUGGCCGUACUUUGCCGCACUCAGGCAACAAGCAGCUGCCCUACUACUGCUCGGCCGUGUGGUCUUUCUACACUAGUAUUAUCCUUGUGUUGGCUCUUCAUUUCACCGGUCUUUUCAAGCUCUACACAAUCAUUGAUGAGUUUGGUCCUCUGCUUAGUGUUGCCAUCCUGUCAGGCUUCCUGGUCUCUAUCGUUGCCUAUUUCUCGGCCUUGGCUCGUGGUGCUGAGCACCGCAUGACUGGAUCCCCGAUUUACGAUUUCUUCAUGGGUGCGGAGCUUAACCCCCGCAUGUUUGGAAUUCUUGACUUCAAGAUGUUCUUCGAGGUCCGUCUGCCGUGGUUCAUUCUGCUGUUCCUUUCCAUGGGCGCGGCCGCUCGCCAGUACGAGGUCUACGGCUAUGUUUCUGGGGAAGUAAUGUUCCUUGUUAUGGCACAUUUCUUGUACGCCAAUGCUUGCGCCAAGGGUGAAGAGUGCAUUGUGUCCACCUGGGACAUGUACUACGAGAAGUGGGGCUUCAUGCUCAUCUUCUGGAAUUUGGCUGGUGUGCCUCUGAGCUACUGCCACUGCACAAUCUACUUGGCCAAUCACGACCCCGCAGAAUACCACUGGAACCGCUUCUUCCUUGCCUUUCUCUUCGUUGCCUAUCUGUUUGUUUACUGGAUUUGGGACACUACGAACAGCCAGAAGAACCGAUUCCGUCAGCAGGAGCGUGGCACCCUGGUCAAGCGAAACACCUUCCCCCAGCUUCCGUGGCAAACUGUCGAGAACCCUAAGACCAUUACCUCUGAAGAUGGCUCGAAGAUUCUCGUUGAUGGCUGGUACGGCAAGGCCCGCAAGAUCCACUAUACUUGUGAUCUCUUCUUCGCCUUGAACUGGGGUCUUAUCACUGGCUUCUCCAGCCCCUUCCCUUGGUUCUACCCACUCUUCUUCGCCUGCAUGAUCUCCCACCGUGCUUUGCGUGAUAUCCAACGGUGCCGAAAGAAGUACGGCGAAGCCUGGCUACAGUAUGAGCGAGAGGUUCCUUACCUGUUCAUUCCCUACGUCAUUUAA